AUGGGUUAAGAAGACAUAAUGUAAACAUCUUUAGAUAGCAGACCAAAAAAAUAAAAUCUAAUAAAUAGGGCUAGGAGUAUAUCUACCUCAGCUACAAUAAAUUGUAAUAAUGAAAAUAGAUUGAAGAACAAUUUAUUUCUUAGUAGAAAAAAUGAUAUUUUUUAAAGAGCAUAUAACCAAAAUAAUAUUUAAAAAAGCUUUAAAAUUACCAAAAAUAAAUAAAAUAAUAUUGUUAAAAUAGAAGACUAAUCUACAAUUGGUUCGAUAAGGCCUAAAAAUUAUAGCAUAUUCAGCAAUUCCUCUAAUAUGUCUAGUUCUCAAACAAAAUAUUCUUAACUAUUAGAGGAUUAAUCAGAUAACAUUAUAUAAAAAAAUGUUAAAAGACGUAAAAACAGUAACUGCAGUACUAUAUCUAAUCAAAAUUCAAUAAACUUUCAUAUAGGAACAGAUUAAACUAUACCCUCUUAAAAUGGAUAAAAGACUCGAAUCGACAGUCCUUUAAGUUCUUGUAAAAAAAAAGUAGAAUUAAAUAUAGAAGUAUCUUAAAAACAAAGAGUUAAAAAUUUUAAUACUUUAAAAAAUCAUAUUAGCUUUAGUAAAAAUAAUGAAAGAUAUUAAUGCUUUGCUGAAGAUUCUAUUAUAGAUGAAAUUUCUAUUGGAACUAAUCCAAAAUCACCUAAAUCCAUAUGUAGUACAAAAUGUAGUCCAAGAUCAAGAAUUUUAAGUUUUUUUUCUUAUACAGACUAUUAGUAGAAUUUAGAAAACAUACAUUCAUAGCCAAAAAAUUUUUAAAAAUAAUAAAGAAUUUACUUUUAUGAUAUAAAAAAAUAUUUAUUUAAUUGCUAUGAUGAAUUUGAUCAUAAGCGUUUUGGAACUAUCCUUAACUAAGAUUCUCCUCUAGAUUAUAACUUUCUUAAAGAUUUCAUUUAAAUCAAUCAAAGAUUCAUUUCAGAUAAUUUAUCUUUUUAAAUAGCUUCAUUAGAGAAAAUGCAUAUAAAUAACUAUCGUGUUUCAAUAGACUGCCUUUUGAAAUUAUAAAUUGCUAAAAAAGACGCUCAGAGCAUUUAAAAUUAUAUAAAAUAAUUAGAAGAUUACUAUAACAAGAAAUAAAAAAAUUUAAGUGCAGUUUAUAGAAAUAAAAUGCUUAAAUUUAACAAAGCUAAUGGAAAAGUUUAGCUGAGUGUAGACGAUUUUAUUAAAAGUCCUUUUGAUCUAGUGUUAAUUAUCGAUUAUAAUAACGAAUUCUAAAAAUAAAUUCAAUAAACUAUCCAUUAAAUUUUAGAUCAAACAAAUUAACACAGUAGAAUUUGCCUUAUUUUUCCUGAUUUUAUUAGAGGUAAAUGUGUAAGAACUGAUUUACUUAUAUGUAAUAAUGAAAAUAAGCAAAUUCUUUAGGAUUUAAUUUAAAAAAAUCUUUUUAACUGCUAAAUAGAUCAAAUCAAUAAUGAUUAUUUAGAAUAUUUAGAAGAUGAGGAGUAGAAAAAAUAAAUUCAGAAGUGUUCGUAUUUUUAAUUUUUAAAAUCUAAAGCAGGAUUUCACGAAAUAGCCUUCCAACAUGCCUUUCUAACUCUGACUUAAAAAACCUACAUAAACUAUCAAUAAUCAAUAUUUCUGAUUUCAGAUGGAUAUAAUCCUCCUAACUUAGAAACAAUAAGGAAUAAAUUCAAUUAUUUCAGCACCUAAAAUAAUUAUAAUUUACAUAAUAUUGAUGAAAACUUAAGUUUUAAAGUUUUUUAAUACUGUUCUAAAAACUAGACAGACGAAUCUUUAUUCAAUUUAUCGUAGCUGAAGGGGGGAAGAUACUUUUAUGUUCAAAGAAUUGACGAUCUUUAACAUGUAGUAAAUUAAGCAAUGAACGAUUUAAAUUCAAAUGUAGCUUUUUCAACAAUUGCUUCAGUAGAUUUAACAAAUCAUUCUUAAAUAAAUUUGAAGUCAAAAGAUUAAUUUAUAGAGAACUUUUCAUAAACACGCCCAAGACAAACAUCAAUCGCAAAUAGUAUUUUAUAUAAUCAAUAAAUAAAUUUUGAGUAUCUUGAUGAAGAAUAAGAAAUUAUAAGAAGCGACUUGUAAGAGGGGAAAAAUUAAAAUCCUUAAAAAAACAUAAAAGAAAAGAUAGUUGAAGCUUAAAUAAGCGGGUAAAAAUUAUUUACCUAAGAAAUUAGUAAAUUAUAUGGAGGUUAGCUAAUUUGGUUUCAAGAAAGCAGUCAAAGCAUAUCAAUUAAAAUUUAACAUUUCAGACAUGGCCAAUAAAAAAUUUUUCCUUUUUGCAUUGAUUUGAAGCCUUCUAACUUACUAGCACAAUCAGAAAUAGCUGAAUUUACAAUUGCAAAUGGCACUUGCCUAUUUUUUGCCUCUUCAGAAAAAUUUCAUUCAAAAGCUUUUACUGUUAUUUAUUAGAAAAAAUUUUGCUCUUGUUAAGCUGAAAUUCAUUUUUAUUUAAAUAAAAAUCAAACAUAUAAUAUAUCUACCUUAAACUUCCAUACUUCUUCAAGAUAGAUUUCAUACAAUCAGAUGAAUUUAGAAAAAAAUUAAGCAUCGGGAUUUGAGAUUGUUAAAUAUAUUACCUAUUAUGAGUUCAUUGAAAGUCUAGAACAAAUAAUUGAAUCUUAUUUGCAAAAAUCAAUAUCGAAGUAGGAAUUCAUGACAAAAAUUAGAUAAAUACUCUUAAAAAAUCCUCAAAAAAGCUUAGGAAAUUUUCUCUAUUAGGUCUAAUCUUUGCUUUCGUACUUAAAUGAUUCUGAGCGAAAUAUCAUAGCGACUUUAUAUUUUAAGAGCGUUAUAUAAAGUUGCAAGCUUUAAUGUUGA